AGAAAGAGGGUCAACGAGAAAAAUACUCAGAAGCGGCGGCUAUCGUGUGAUGACGAUGAAGGCUUCUUUCAAGGGAAAGUUCGAUGUUGACAAGAGCAGUGGCACUGCUUCUCUUGCCUUCAACGCCGGUAAUGUUAAGCUACGCGCCACCAUGACUGAUGCUGCCCUCGUCGCCGGCCCUAGCUUGAACGGUCUCUCUCUCGCCGUUGAGAAACCUGGAUUCUUCAUCAUUGACUACAACGUCCCUAAAAAGGAUGUUAGGUUUCAGUUCAUGAACACUGUCAGAAUUGCAGAGAAACCUUUGAAUCUGACUUAUAUUCAUAUGAGAGGAGAUAACCGGACAAUUGUUGACGGGAGCCUUGCGAUUGAUCCGGCAAACAAGUUGUCUGCUAAUUACAUGGUGGGAACGAAGAACUGUAAGCUCAAGUAUACUUAUGUACACGGAGGGAUGACUACAUUUGAGCCUUCUUAUGACUUGACUAAGAAUGUGUGGGACUUUGCGGUUUCUCGUAAACUUGAUGCUGGUGCUAAUCUCAAGGCAACUUAUCAGACUUCGAGUAAAAUGUUUGGUUUGGAAUGGUCGGGGAACUCCAAAUCGACUGGAACUUUCAAGGUAUGUGCCUCAAUGAAUCUAGCCGAGGAAUUGAAGACGCCAAAACUGACUGCAGAAACUACAUGGAACCUAGAUAUUUAGUUCCCUUUACAUCCCAAAAAAAAGUCUCCAUUCUUUUGGUUGUAUAAUGUGGAUUCAAGUCUUGACAGAGGAGGAUAUCUAGAAAAAUUUAUAGUCCUUUCCUUGUUUACCAUUGUUUAAGACUAUAAUGACCACAAAAGUUGCUAUUUCUUAUUAGUA